AAAGUUAUGAAACAUGAUGUAAAUGUAAAACAUUCAUUUCAUAAUAUGAAUCAAUAUUGGUAUAACACCACAACCAAUACAAACAAUUAACGAAAUUGUUUCACUGCGUUUGCGCUCCCUGCUCCUGCUACAACCAGCAAGAAUACAGCAUACAGCUGUAGAGUUAUAAAUUCCUGCUGUGUGGCAUCAAAAACCGGCAUUUGAAGGUUGUUUCUCCACUGCAUCACAUCAACAUCAACAGCAUAUUCAACUAAAAUGGCUGUUCCAAGCAUCAAACUGAACUCUGGCGCUGAAAUCCCACAAUUGGGUCUUGGUACAUGGAAAUCGAAGCCUGGUGAAGUGUGCAAUGCAGUGAAAGAUGCCAUUGACAUUGGUUACCGACACAUUGACUGCGCCCACAUCUACCAAAACGAAAAAGAAGUCGGUGAAGGUCUUCAGACAAAGUUAAAAGAUGGAACAGUCACACGUUCAGAUCUUUUCAUCACCAGUAAACUGUGGAAUACAUUCCACAGUCCACAAUUGGUCGAAGGUGCUUGUAGAAAGACCUUGGCUGACCUUGGACUUGAAUAUCUCGACCUCUACCUAAUCCACUGGCCAGUGGGUUAUCAGGAAGGCGGUGAGCUGUUCCCUCUGAAACCAGACAACACCGCAAUCGCAUCCGAUGUUGAUUAUGUUGACACAUGGCUAGCGAUGGAACAACUGGUAUCCAAAGGUUUAUGCCGUUCUAUUGGCGUGUCUAACUUCAAUAAGAAACAAAUCGAACGUGUCCUGGCCGCUGGAAAGAUUGUCCCUGCUGUUAACCAAGUGGAAUGCCACGCAUAUCUCACCCAGCAUAAACUAAGCGCAUUCUGUGCUUCCAAAGGCAUUGUCCUCACAGCUUACAGUCCUCUAGGAUCUCCAGAUCGUCCAUGGGCCAAACCCGAAGAACCUGUCCUGCUGGAAGACCCGAAACUGAAAGAAAUCGCUAAUAAGUACAAGAAGAGCACCGCGCAGGUCCUGCUCAGGUAUCAAAUGGAGCGUGGGCAUGUUGUGAUCCCAAAAAGCGUCACCAAAUCCCGAAUUGCUGAAAACUUUGAUAUUUUGAACUUUAAACUCACACCUGCGGAUGUUGCAAUCAUCGAUGGCUUCGAUCGCAAUUAUCGUAUUUGCCCAAUGACACCUUCGUUUGGACAUGUUCAUCAUCCGUUUGAGAACGAUGAGUAUUGAUUAUGCAUUAUUUAAAAGUUAAUAAAUCAACCUGAACAUAA